GAAGUUAAAUGAGGUGUACCGGUUCAUGAAAUAAUCAAAAGGAAGCACAGUAUAUAUACUGUCCACUAAUUUCCUCCCACUAUAGAAAUAGAGAAAUGAGUUUGGUUUUUUUUUGAGAAGGUAGUUGCUACAUUUACCGUUAACUACUGAAUUUCUUCAAUACUCUGUUUAAUUUCCUUUUCUUCCCACUGCAGUUCGUGUCAUGCAAGAAUCUAUUCACGCUGACUAAAACUGAAAGAUAAUGGAAGAGUGAUGAUCAGAGAAUUUAAAAUCUGAAAUUUAGCAUCACCACCCUGAACAACAGAGCCUUGGUUGGCAUAAACUACUCAUACAGACAAAGGCACCAUCCACAAUAAUCAACUUUCUUUUAUUUCAAUUGGACAAUCGUGAUUAGAAAAGUUCCUGUGGCAAAAUUCAAGGAAAUCUGAUAUAAAUGAGUAACAACUCAACAUGUAUUCAACCAUCCAUGAUCUCUUCCAUGGCUUUACCGAUCAUUUAUACCUUCCUUUGUAUCACUGGUCUCUUUGGAAAUUCUCUCUCUCAGUGGGUAUUUUUAACAAAAAUAGCUAAGAAAACACCAACGCACAUCUACCUAGUACAUCUUGUGACUGCAAACUUGCUUGUGUGCAGUGCCAUGCCUUUCAUGGGUAUCUAUUUCCUGAAAGGUUUUCAAUGGGAAUAUCAAUCUGCGCAAUGCAGGGUGGUCAAUUUUUUGGGAACUCUAUCCAUGCAUGUAAGUAUGUUUGUCAGCCUCUUAAUUUUAAGUUGGAUUGCCAUAAGCCGCUAUGCUACCUUAAUGAAAAAGGAUUCCACACAAGAGACCACUUCGUGCUACGAGAAAAUAUUUUAUGGCCAGUUACUGAAAAAAUUUCGCCAGCCCAACUUUGCUAGAAAACUAUGUGCUUACAUAUGGGUAGUUGCUCUAGGCAUAAUUAUUCCAAUUAUCAUAUACUACUCAGUUGUGGAGGCCACAGAAGGAGAAGAGAUCCUGUGCUACAAUCCGCAGAUGGAACUAGGAGCCAUGAUCUCUCAGACUGCAGGCCUCAUUGGAACCACAUUUAUUGGAUUUUCAUUUUUAGUCGUACUAACAUCAUAUUACUCUUUUGUCAACCAUCUGAGAAAAAUAAGGACCUGCACAUCCAUUACAGAGAAAGAUUUGACUUAUAGCUCGGUGAAAAGGCACCUUUUGGUCAUCCAGAUUCUACUAAUAGUUUGCUUCCUUCCAUAUAGCAUUUUUAAACCCAUUUUUUUUGUUCUACACCAAGGAGCGGACUGUCAGCAAUUGAAUUAUUUAAUUGAGAUAAAAAACAUCCUCACCUGUCUUGCAUCAGCCAGAAGUAGCACAGACCCCAUUAUAUUUCUUUUUUUAGAUAAAACAUUCAAGAAGACACUAUAUGAUCUCUUUACAAAAUCUGAGUCACCACAUAUACAACCCUCUGGUUGAUUUCUGAAUGGAAAACACCACCAAACAGAAAAGUGUUCAUAUGAGUCUAUUAGGGACCCUAAAUUACAUGAUUAACAGGUCAUAGCUUGGUUGAUAAUAGGCACCAAGAAAAUCUCUUUGGUUUUUAAAAAUAAACAAACAAGCAAAUAUAAAACUC